AUGAGGAAGCAGCUUCAGAAGAAGUGUUUGGUUUUGAUCUGUGUUUACCGUAUUCAGCGUUUCCCCCUGAACGGAUUUUGCUCCCAGUACUCCCGCGGUGUCUUCGCCAUCUUCGGCCUGUAUGAUAAGCGCUCGGUCCACACGUUGACGUCGUUCUGCAGCGCCCUGCACAUCUCCCUCAUCACGCCCAGCUUCCCCACAGAGGGCGAGAGUCAGUUCACGCUGCAGCUGAGACCCUCGAUCCGCGGGGCGCUGCUGUCGCUGCUCGACCACUACGACUGGAACAAGUUCGUCUUCCUGUACGACACCGACCGGGGAUACGCCAUCUUGCAGUCCAUCAUGGAGAAGGCGGGACAAAACAACUGGCAGGUCAGCGCCAUCUGCGUGGAAAGCUUCAACGACGCGAGUUACCGCCGGCUGCUGGAGGAUCUGGACCGGAGGCAGGAGAAGAAGUUUGUGAUCGACCUCGAGGCCGAGCGGCUGCAGAACAUGCUGGAACAGAUCGUCAGCGUGGGGAAACAUGUCAAAGGCUACCAUUACAUCAUGGCCAACCUGGGUUUUAAGGACAUUAAUCUGGAGCGUUUUAUGCACGGCGGAGCGAACGUGACGGGCUUCCAGCUGGUGGACUUCAGUAACCCCAUGGUCAUAAAGCUGAUGCAGCGCUGGAACAAACUGGACCAGAGGGAGUACCCCGGCUCCGACGCCCCCCCCAAGUACACGUCAGCGCUGACCUAUGAUGGGGUGAUGGUGAUGGCCGAGGCGUUCAGGAACCUCCGCCGGCACAAAGUAGAUAUUUCCAGACGGGGGAACGCUGGCGAUUGUCUCGCUAACCCCGCCGCCCCGUGGAACCAAGGCAUCGAUAUGGAGCGUACCCUCAAACAGGUCCGGCUGCAGGGAUUAACAGGUAAUGUCCAGUUUGACCACUAUGGCCGCAGGGUCAACUACACAAUGGACGUGUUUGAGCUGAAGAAUAAUGGACCGCGACGGAUCGGCUACUGGAACGAUGCCGACAAACUGGUUCUGAUCCAGGACUCUCCGCUGCAUCCUAACGACACGUCUGGCAUCGAAAACCGAACCGUUGUAGUGACCACCAUCAUGGAGGGUCCCUACGUGAUGCUGAAGAAGAACUGGGAGAUGUACGAGGGCAACGACCAGUACGAGGGUUACUGCGUCGACCUGGCCUCGGAGAUCGCCAAACACAUCGGCAUCCGAUACAAGAUCUCCAUCGUUCCUGACGGGAAGUACGGAGCCAGGGACCCGGAGACGAAGAUCUGGAACGGGAUGGUCGGGGAGCUGGUGUACGGGAAAGCGGAAAUCGCUGUGGCCCCAUUGACAAUCACGUUGGUCCGGGAGGAGGUGAUCGACUUCUCGAAGCCCUUCAUGUCGUUGGGUAUCUCCAUCAUGAUCAAGAAGCCCCAGAAAUCCAAACCGGGGGUGUUCUCCUUCCUGGACCCGUUGGCCUACGAGAUCUGGAUGUGCAUCGUGUUCGCCUACAUCGGCGUGAGCGUGGUGCUCUUCCUGGUCAGCCGCUUCAGCCCGUACGAGUGGCACACCGAGGAGCCCGAGGAGGGCACCGACGGUCCGCCCAGCGACCAGCCCCCCAAUGAGUUUGGCAUCUUCAACUCUCUCUGGUUCUCCCUGGGAGCCUUCAUGCAGCAGGGCUGUGACAUCUCCCCCAGCGGUCGAAGAUCGCCGUCUACGAGAAGAUGUGGGGCUACAUGAAGUCUGCCGAGCCCACCGUGUUCACGAAGACGACCGGAGAGGGAGUGGUUCGCGUCCGAAAGUCUAAAGGGAAAUACGCCUUUCUGCUGGAGUCCACGAUGAACGAGUACACGGAACAAAGGAAGCCCUGCGACACGAUGAAAGUGGGAGGAAACCUCGACUCCAAAGGAUACGGAGUAGCAACGCCGAAGGGUUCACAGUUAAGAAGCGCAGUUAACCUGGCAGUGUUAAAACUCAAUGAGCAAGGCCUGUUGGACAAAUUGAAAAACAAGUGGUGGUACGACAAAGGAGAGUGUGGCAGCGGAGGCGGUGGCGAGAAGGACAAGUCGUCCCAGGCUCUCAGUCUGAGCAAUGUGGCGGGGGUCUUCUACAUCCUGGUGGGGGGUCUGGGCCUCGCCAUGCUGGUGGCACUCAUCGAGUUCUGCUACAAGUCCCGCAACGAGGCCAAGAGAAUGAAGCUGACCUUCACAGAGGCCAUGAGGAAUAAAGCGCGUCUGUCCAUCACAGGAAGUGUCGGGGAGAACGGACGGGUUUUAACGCCCGACUGUCCGAAAGCGGUCCACGCGGGACCUCCGAUCCGCCAGAGCUCCGGCCUCGCCCUCGUCUCCUCCGAACUCCCGUGAAAACCAAAAACCUCUCAAGUGCCUUAAAUCCUGAAACCAGAAAAAAAAAAAAAACAAUAAUCACACCGCCAACGAAAACUACCAGAAACUUCUUCACCACCAAGAGAACCGGAAACGAGGGCGAGACGGAACCGGGAAGUUGAAAAACGAACCAUGAUUUUUUUUCUCGGAAAUCUACGGAAGCAAAACAAUCUAGAUUUUCUUUUUUUUCUUUUUUGUUUUCGGGGAUGUUUGAAUCAAAAGGGGAAUCCAAUGGGAACCCUAUGGGAAUCCAAUGGGAAUCCAAUGAGAAUCCAAUGGGAAUCCAAUGAGAAUCCAAUGGGAAUCCAAUGGGAAUCCAAUGGGAAUCCAAUGGGAAUCCAAUGAGAAUCCAAUGAGAAUCCAAUGAGAAUCCAAUGGAGCCAUUCCCUGGUGAAGAGGAGCAGACGAGGAGGAAUAAUAUCAUGAAAUAUGAUAAAGACCAGAAAACUGUAAACUUGAAACGUCUUUUUUUGGGAUUGCUGUGAAUCGGGAAUAAAAAAAAUAAAAAAAACUGAACUUACAAUCAAGAUUGUUUUCAAAACUGAAUUUGCUCCACGGACUCGAGCAGAACUAGAUAUCAACACCGGGAGGACAGUAGCCCCGGUGAGGAGAAGAAGAACACAUUUGUACUCAUAACACAAAUCUAAUGAAAUUGAAUAUAUGAGCAAACAUAGGAGAAACUGUGAAGAUAAGUAAAUAUGUAUAUUCAGUGAAAAAAAUACUUUAGCUGUAUAUAGAGACGACUGUGUAACAUGCUUGCUUUUUAAACAGAUGUACAUAGCAGUAGUGGACAGACGGACAGUUGUUUUUUUGUAAAAUCAUGUUUAAAUAAGAUUUUAUUCAUCGCAAUAAUGAAAACUAUGACGGAGGAGUUAAAGUGUUAUGUGUUAUUGUAUUCUCUAAAUGUGAAAAGGGGGUAUCGACUGCCCAGAUACUCUGAUACCCAGAUUCAUUAAUAUAUUCAACGAUGAAUGUUAAAGUAGCUCCACCCCCAACCCUUAAAAACAGAACACCCCCUCACUGUGUAGACCCAGAGAGACGCUUAUUAUGAGUAUUUAUAAACUUUCUGCCGUCAGAAUAUAACUAUUUUUCUCAUUCUUUAAUCUAUUUUUUGUACCGAGGAACUAAACUGUCUGUCUCCUGGUUUUAAAUGUCCAAUAUGGGUGUAUAUCUUCAUAGAUGUGUGUGAGGCGAGAACCAUGAAGGGACGAUGAUCAAAAAAAGGCCCAUUCGUUUCUCAAUAUGUUAUUUCAAGUGUCUGUUUCCAGAGAAAGCUACUGGUUGUUUGUUGAUAAUAAAGUGAUUCCUUUAUUGAAACACUGUGGAUGUUGGGAAGCUGGACACACCGUAGCAGACAGUCCUUCCCACUGAAGUGUCCUCAUCUCUUUUUAUUUUUGGGACAAUCUGCAAUAGGAUACAAGAAGCCACAUCAGCAGCAGCCGGCGACGAACACGACGUCGUUUCUAAAUGUUUUCCGUCUGAACCCCAAAAGGCAGGAGGAAACUGUUGGAGAUAUUUCAGGUCAUGCCUUUGUUUGUCCUGCCAUCCGUCUGUUUCGAGCUGAAGAGUAAUAUGGCGUCUUCUUUUUGGGUUUUAAUUGUACAUCUUUAUUUUGAUCUUUUUUAAGUAAAAAAAACAAAUUUCAAAA